UACGGGCUGUCAACGUCAAUUAACUCACGAUUGGUUUUCAAAUUUCAAUACAAUAACUUAUUUUUUACUAAUUACAUAUAGUUUUAAUUUAUAGUCUGGCAUUAUAUAAAACCUCAAGUAAUAUGUGAGAAUUUGAAACAACAUACGAACUCUUUUUAUAUUGUUACGAUGUCGAGUAUUUAAAACAAACUUCUCUAUACUGUUUAAUUGCUGGUUACAAAAUGGGUACUAAGUGUUGGAAUGAUAGUUUUAUGGCAAGAUACUCAGCGUUUAACCCCUAUCGGUUGAUACAGAGAGAAUGUGGUUUUCCAAGACCUGUUGGUAGCGAUGAUGCUGUAGCCCGCAGUUUAUAUUGUGGGAUGAAACCAAUUGCUUCAUGGGACUGCGAUCAAUAUAACGCUCUUCCUACUGGUGGUGUUUUUAACCUUGAAUUUUCACCGGAAGGAUCACUAUUAGUCGCAGCAUGUGAGAAGAAAUCCAUACAAAUAUUUGAUCCUCUUACUCACCAGAGAAUAUAUUCUGUUAAUGGAGCUCAUUUAGAUUGUGUUAACUGUGUCAAAUUUCUGGAUGGCCGAAUGUUUGCUACUUGUUCAGAUGACACAACAAUUGCAUUAUGGGAUGUUCGUCACUUAAAGAAGAAAAUACGUUCACUUUUAGGACAUUCAAAUUGGGUUAAAAAUAUAGAAUUUUCUGUUAAAGACAAGCUUCUAGUUACCUCUGGGUUAGAUGGCAGUAUCUAUACUUGGGAUAUUAAUUCAUAUACAGAGUUUAAUCUAGUCUACCAAAGAGUAUUUCAUGCAUCCGGUUUGAUGCGGUGCAGAUUAUCUCCUGAUGCCAAGCAAAUGGUGAUGUGUACCACAGGUGGACUUCUUGUUAUUAUACAUGAUUUAAACUUAUCCAUGUUGGCUCAAGACUUACACGGUUUUAAGCCAAACUUGUAUAGGUUAAUGCAAAUGAGCCGUCAACUAAUACCCAUAGCAGCAAUGUAUGAUCAUUUGUUUGAUGUCAAAAGAACAGAAAAUAGAGUGGAGUUUGUAUCAGAUUUUCCAGAUGGAAAUGAUGCAGAAGUUGUAAGUGCAUUACAGAUACACCCUCAAGGAUGGAGCGCACUUAGUCGAAACAUCAGUCACGAUGAUAGGUCUGAGUGGUCAUGUAUCCAUGACAUUCAACCACACGCCCCUACUUCGGAUAAGAGCGUUCGUGAUUCUUCUCCCCCCCCGCCGCCACCCCCUCCCGCGACUCGGCGGCCUGUCCCGCGAAGAACUCCGCGGCGUAGAACCAGGCCCUAUAGAUCACCAAGACCUAUGGCAUCGGUUACGCCAGUACCAACAGGGGAUCGGUCUCGCGAGAGGCGCGAGCGGGAAGAGGAGAGAGUAGCGGAGCGGGUAGCGGAACCAGAAGCAGGGCCUAGUUCGGGCGAAACUGCCCAACCGCCACGACUGGGCUUGGGUUUAUCGAGUAUCCAAAAUGACGUGUGGGAAGCGUCAAUAACGAUCAAACAGCAUAGAGUGCUUCAAGAGAUGUAUACCAGGGGCCAGGUGGGUCGUAACUUCAAUAUGCAGCGAAUCCUGGGAAUCAAUACGGGUAUAACUCCGCCCGCUGCUCUUCGCCCGCGUACUCUGUCUCUGUAUCCGCGCCCUGCUCGCGCAGAGGCUGCUCGCCUAAUGCCGAGCCUACAACCCGCUAUAUCUAAUGACGCCUUCAAUUAUAGCAGAACACUGCCUUCAACUUCCGGCCAAACUCCAUCGAGUGCGAGAGAGAGGGAUAGUGUGAGUGAGGGGGAGGAUGAAACGAGACAUUACCGAAUUCACCAAAAUAGAGAUAGACUGCUCUACUAUGUAGAAGAGACCAAUGAAGGGAAAGGUUUUAUUAAGGAAUUGUGCUAUUCAGCGGACGGUCGACUCGUAUGUUCACCUUUUGGCCGAGGAAUGCGUCUUCUUGCCUUGAAUGACUCCUGUAGUGAACUCUCACAUUGUGUUCAAGACCAGACCUCUCCAACUCAAAUGGUUGAGGUCGGUCAGAGCCUGGGCAUACACCAGGAUUUAGUUGUCAGCUCCAAGUUUAGCCCUCGUCACCAUCUCCUAGUUACCGGAUGUCUUGAUGGGAAAAUCGUCUGGUAUGAACCCCAUAGUGGUGAGGCACUGUAUUAAGCAUUUAGGAUAUAAUGCCUUUGAGAUCACACAGCAAUAUUUUGGGCUUCCUACGAUAUCCGGGUGCUUUACUCAAAAUUAGUUUCAUGGUUACCAAUGGAUUUUUUUUCACUGGUAUUGUAAGUAUGCUGGGGACAUUAUGAGGGUCAUACUUAGGUACAUCUUUAAUUCAUGUUUCAAAAUAUAUCAAGUUGUGAUCUAGUCUUGAGCACUGCCAGAACUCCGGUUAACUUAAUAAUUUUAAAACUACUUUCUAUGAUAUUUUUAGUUAUAAUUGCGUCUGGCCAUUUUAACUUUGACUUAUUUAAGGCAUGUAAAGAGA